UUGGUAAAAUCUAAGAAAAUGACUGUCCAGUCAUGUUCGGAAAAGCUGCACCGAAAUCAAAAUCACACAAAAAAUGUUUUGGCAAAAGUACAACAUGCAUUCGGCACAAGAUUCUCAGAGCAGGACCUCAGCAUGGUAGCCGCCCCGCGGCUCGUGGAGAAGUCAGUGUGGAGCUCGCCGCAAAUCGGCGGCUCAGGUGGGGCCCUCAAAGCCCUGGCCAAGAACGUGGCCAACCACCUGGAGCAGCUCAAUCGGGCCACCAUGAAGCGGGUGGUGGCGCAGGUGAUCGCCGAGCGUCACAGCCUCGGCGAGGUAGCCGACUUCAAGGGGCACAUGUACUUCGCCCGGCCGGAUCACAUCAACUUUACCGAGCUUAUUGCCCAGUCCAAAGAGGCUUUUGACGAUCUCGUCCAGCAGAAGGCGACCCCAGGGGUCAUCACGGAGAUGCCCCAGAAGACGAAGACGAAGCCAAAGAUGCUGCCAUACAGGCCCUCAGGCAUGACCCGCUCGUGUGGGGUGGGUCUGACGCGUCUGGAUAAGCUGCUGACCAAUAAGUCGACGCGUUCUAAGAAGCAGCUUCCCCGCAAGGCAUGGUCCUCCACGAUCAAACGAUUCGAGAGCCCCAUAUCUGUCUUUCAUCUGAACGAUGAGGGGAGUCGAAGCCUCAACGGAGUCAUCAUCGAUGAUUCGCACUUGCCUGUCGACCGCAGGGACAUCCUACUGAAGGUUUCCAAGCGUCCACGCGGAGCCUCGCGUGCCUUUAAGAAGAACCGCUCCGUCAAGGGGACACUCUCGGCAAGGACUCAUGAAAAAGACGAGGUCAAGUCCGAGCCGGCAGCAUCGGCUCCCCCAUCGAAGAAGUCGCCGCAGCGAAUCAACACCCAAGGCGACAAGGCUCGGUGUAAGGUUUCAUGGAACUACGAUCUGCCAGCCGGGGCCUCCCAUCAUCCGCCCCCGGCCUCAGCCAGAAGCCACAAGAAGAAGCCGAAGGCCGAAAUUCCGUCGACCAAGCUCCCCUCGAAAAAGGCCAAGUUAACGUCAAAGGUCGGCACGAAGACUCCAUUGCUGCAACGCACCUACUCGAGACCCUGGCUGGUGCGGCGCACCAAGUCGCAUCAUUCGAAGCGCUUAGUUCGCCUGACCGGAGGCUUUGUAAAAGAGAAGUCGCCACAGGAGCCAAAGAUUGAGACGGCCAUCCACGGACAGAGCAAAGUGGACUCCCAUGUGACAAAGCAGAUCAAGAGCGUCGUCUUUCCUUGGUACACGCCGUACCAGUUCAAGGGCGGGGCCGGCACUGGCGCCCCUCAGCAGCGCGUCAAGGGAAAUCGUAAAAAGCCGCUCUCCCGAGGCGUCUCCAAAGGAUCGCCCAACAGGAAGGCGAGACCUCUCGCCAGUCGUACCUCCAUCAAAAAGUCAAUAACCAAGAAGAAACCCCAGAGCAAGGAACUCAUCAAUGCCAAGGUUAAUUUCAAUAUUAAAUCGAAGAACAGGAAGAAGUCACCGGCAGCCACCAUACGAGCAGCCCCAAAGCCCUUGAUCAAGACCAAGACGUUGACCACCAAGCGAUCUCGCUACAAUCGGCUGCAGGCGCGCCUCAUCCGUGAUCUGAAGCGAGAGGAGGCUAUCGACGAGCCGGAGCGCAUCAAGUCCGGCAGCCAGCGACGUCGCAAUGCUGCCAAGCUGCCACAGGACACAGCGGAGGCGAGUGUCGGGAAGUCGCGCACAUCUCCACUGAGCUCCCCGGCCAAGUGCCUCGGCAAACGCCCACCUGCUCCGCUCGCGCUCCCUGCUGGACGUUUGGGUGGAUCUACAGCCCACUCGGGAGUCAAGUCGCAAACUAGCAUUCGUCGCCAACGUUCACGUUUUGUACGCGUGGGCAGCAGCCUGGGCAGCCUUGCAUGCCUGGGUCCGAAACCGACCUCCAACAAUAACUCAAAGACGACGCUCACCCCGGCCAAACGCAACCUGACCAUUGCUUUCUUUAACAAGCGUCUUGAGGAGCGCGGCCAACGCCAGGCAUUGAAACAGCCCUGGAAGUAG